UAGUCCCCUCGCACAGCCGGGGGAAGGGGUGAUGGAAGAGGAAGAACUUCCCUUUGUCGUAGGAGAGGAUUGAGUGACCUCCAAAGUUUUGUUCCGGGAGGAAACCGCUCGAAUAAGUUUGGUGUUCGGAAGGGGAGCGUGCUGGCCGGGCUGGGGGCUGCCAUGGUGCUGGCCCCCGCCGCAGGGAGAUAGCAGAGAUGGUGGCCUGAGGGCGCCGGCCCCACGCGCAGACAUGGCCUUCGCCCAGUCCCACAUCAUGGCAGCCAGGAGGCACCAGCACAGCCGGCUCAUCAUCGAGGUGGAUGAGUACAGCUCCAACCCCACACAGGCUUUCACAUUCUACAACAUUAACCAGGGACGCUUCCAGCCCCCACAUGUGCAAAUGGUUGAUCCGGUGCCCCAUGACGCUCCGAAGCCUCCAGGAUAUACACGAUUUGUCUGUAUUUCUGAUACUCACUCAAGAACUGAUCCCAUCCAAAUGCCAUAUGGAGAUGUGCUAAUACAUGCUGGUGAUUUUACUGAGCUGGGACUUCCUAGUGAAGUAAAAAAAUUCAAUGAGUGGCUAGGUAGCCUGCCCUAUGAAUACAAGAUUGUGAUAGCAGGAAAUCAUGAAUUGACCUUUGACCAGGAAUUCAUGGCUGACUUGAUCAAGCAGGACUUUUACUAUUUCCCUUCUGUUUCUAAGCUGAAGCCAGAGAGCUAUGAAAAUGUACAGUCUCUUCUAACCAACUGCAUCUAUCUUCAAGACUCUGAAGUGACGGUGAGGGGAUUCAGAAUAUAUGGCUCCCCUUGGCAACCUUGGUUUUAUGGCUGGGGCUUUAAUCUUCCACGAGGCCAAGCACUAUUAGAGAAAUGGAACCUUAUUCCAGAUGGAAUAGAUAUUCUUAUAACACAUGGACCACCUCUCGGUUUUCUAGACUGGGUUCCUAAGAAAAUGCAACGAGUAGGGUGUGUUGAGCUGCUGAACACAGUCCAGAGACGAAUACAGCCAAGGCUUCAUGUUUUUGGACAUAUCCAUGAAGGUUAUGGUGUCAUGGCUGAUGGAACCACCACCUAUGUGAAUGCAUCUGUGUGCACUGUGAAUUACCAGCCACUUAAUCCACCUAUAGUUAUUGACUUACCUACUCCAAGGAACACAUGAUUAUAAUGAGGAUUUAAAGUUGUACCCGACACAUAAGCAACUUUAUAUUGCUGUCUGAGAAUCCCAAUAGGGAACCAUUCAACAAAAAAAAGCAAAAUCCUUUUUUUCCCUGCUAGCUCUUCACAGAUAAAUUUAGAGUAACAAAAGUGGACAAGGAACAAAGACAUUUUGGUGCCAGAACCAGAUUAAAGACUAACAUUUCACCAUUAAAAUGUUUGUGAACACAGAAAAGUGAAUGCAUUCUACACAUAUAU